AUGAAGCUCUUCUCCGUCGUAUCUGCCCUUCUCUUUGGCGUCGCUGCCGUUGUGGCUGCCGAGGAGCCGCCUACUGAGCUCAAGAUCGACACGACGUUCAUGCCUGAGGACUGCACGGAGAAGGCUACGACUAACGACAAGAUCAAGGUUCACUACACCGGCACUCUCUGGUCAAACGGUAACAAGUUCGACUCGAGCUACGACCGCGGUCAGCCCUUGCCGCUCCGCCUCGGUGUCGGUCAGGUCAUCCAGGGCUGGGACCAGGGUCUUCAGGGUAUGUGUGUUGGUGAGAAACGCACACUCACGAUCCCAUCGCAAUUGGCAUACGGCCCUCGGGGCUUCGGCAACACCAUCCCCGCCAACUCCGCUCUUGUCUUUGAGACAGAGCUCAUCGGCCUCGAGCCGCACAAGAAGAAGGAAGAGCUCUAA